AUGAAGCUCGGUCACGGCUUCAAACUGAACGAGGGCAAAACUAUCUGGAGCAACAUUCACGUUCACGAUCUUGCCAGCCUCGUCUCGCUUUUGGUGGGGGCCGCCAAAAAUAGCAAGAACGGCUUUUGGAACGAGGAUGGUGUCUUCAACGUCGAGCAUGGCGAGCUUGCGUUUGGAGAUCUUAGUGUCCUGAUUACUAGGGAGGCACACAAGCAAGGCUUCAUCAAGGCCGCAAAGGCCGACUCUCUGAGUGGACAUGCAUCGAUAUUGUGGGGCACAAAUGCGCGUACACAAUCAUCGAAUGCACAGAAGAAUCUUGGCUGGGAACCAACAGGAGCCUCACUUGAGGCCACUAUACCCGAAUUGGUCAAGGCCGAGGGAAAGACUCUUGACAAUUCCAAGAGCGAGCUGCAGAUGGUAAUCCAGCGAUGUCCUGGGUCGAAGAGCAACUGUUUCAUAUAG